CAAUUUGGCGCCAUUCUCGAACCACGACUGCUCUAUCGAAAAGGUUUCGUUCAGCUGUUCCGCGGGUGCUGCCCGCCACAAUGACAUCCCUGGCAGAUCAGGGACUGAGUUUAGUGAAAGAAAUACUAAGAUGUCCAGAUUACCUCCAGCCAAUGCGCGAGGAUGCUUUGAGGAAUAUAUUCGAAGAAAUGAGAGCCCUGAACGAGGCCAAUCAAAAAGAUGUUCGCCUGAUAUCCGCUGCGGAUUCGGAACGGAGUGACGGCGCGCCUGAUGUUCAUGUCGUCCUCUACGUCAGACAUCAACUUCUGCUCCGACUCCGGAGAUGUAUCAUGGCCUAUCUCGAUGGUCGACUCAAGGUGAUACGAGAGUUCAGAUGGGCCUUCGGCCCGGUUCUCACGAAGGAUCUCAAAGCCAACAUGACGGAUGGAGAGCAGAAAUGGUUUAUAGACUAUUCAGCUUCUCUUGGCAGAUACAUGUCAUCGAUUGGAGAAACCGGAGUGGAUCUAUUACAACACAGCAAGCCCCCGAAGUCCCUCUAUGUCGAGGUCCGAGUACUCGAGGACUACGGGGAUUUCGAAACUGAAGAUGGUCAGGUCGUGGUUCUUGCCAAGAACUCUACUCAUUUCCUCGAGCGGAGUCAAUGUGAAAAACUCAUUCGACAGGGAGUUCUGGAACACGUGGUUACUUGAAGCAAUGGCCCUCAAGUAAUUGUAUCUGAGAAUCUUGGAUAAGCCCCCUCCCUUAGAGUGGAGAAUAUUUAUCAUUGGCGCAUAUACGAUUGGAUGAAAAGAUACCUAGUUUCUGCGCCAUAGAUGCUCAUC